GACUGAAUUUUUGAGGGGGAUUUGUGUAAACGCCAAUAAAACAUGCUUACUGAUGGAUAUAUAUAUAUAUAUACCUACGACUUCAUAUAUAAGAAUAUAUAAGAAUUGAAGAUACAGUGCAGAGCAAGUUCGUUUGGAAGUAAUCGUCAUCAGCAUCAUGCGUGUCCUCUUGAUCGCGGCGGUCUGCGUCGCGGCUGUUUUCGCCGUCGAUGCAGAGGUUUUGCCACCUUUAGAAGGGAUGCAAAGCCUCUCUAUUUCCGUCGGUACACCGGAGCAGCUUACGUUAUUGAAAAAUUUCGAGGACGUUUCUGGUUUCGAUUUUCUCCGGGUAACCGACAGUCUCGUCGACGUGCUGGUGACUGCGGACAAAGUAGAAUAUUUUAAAACUCUCCUCGACGAAAAUGACAUCGCUUACACAGUCACGGUCGAAAACAUUCGGGACGCAGUCAUGGAAGAAUACAUCAAUCAACAAAUCGAACGUAGAUUGCACACGUUGGUUCAAGCGGACCCAGGGAAACUCUCUUUCACGUAUUAUCCUAACAAUAAAGAAGUGAACGACUAUCUCAACUACAUAGUAAAAAAUUAUGGUAGCAUCGCAUCGUUAAUUAACAUAGGAGCAUCCUCCGAAGGACGACAAAUGAAAGUUUUGAAACUGUCAACCGGCGGUAAGAAUAAGCCCGCCAUUUUCAUCGAUGCCGGCAUUCAUGCCAGAGAAUGGAUCGCUCCUGUAACAUCGCUCUACAUAGUAGAUCAAUUGUUGGCCAGUCAGAACAGAAAUCUUUUGAAAAGCGUCGAUUGGUACAUCCUUCCAGUUUUGAACCCUGAUGGCUAUGAGUUCACACACAGUAAAUCAGCGAAUCGUCUCUGGAGAAAGACAAGGUCCGUAAACAGUGGCUCGUCUUGUCGUGGCGUCGACGGCAACAGAAAUUACGACAUGGAGUGGAUGACGACCGGCGCAUCCUCCAAUCCAUGCAGCGACACUUACGCUGGCCCGAAGCCAUUCUCCGAGCCGGAAAUGCGAAACAUGCGAGAUUUCAUCGCUGCGCGUAAACAGAAUAUUAAAGCCUAUAUCUCGUUCCACUCUUACGGUCAGUACAUUCUGUAUCCUUGGGGUUUCACGUCUAAGGUACCAUCCAACGAACCAGAAUUGAGGAAUCUUGCCAGUAAAUCUGCAAACGCCAUCGCUAGCUUCCGUAGGACUAAGUACACUUAUGGUACCUCUGCUAAUCAUCUUUAUCCCGCUGCUGGAGGUAGCGACGACUGGGCCAUGGGCAAAGCCGGCGUGAAAUUGUCGUAUACCUAUGAACUGCCCGGAGGAAAUUCAGGAUUCCAAUUGCCCGCUUCUGAAAUCAAACCUGUCGGCGCUGAAACAUUCCAGGCUAUGAAAGUGAUUCACGAUUAUAUUGUGUCGAAAUACUCCUCGUAAUGCUAAUGACGUUAUUUCGUCGACUUUGUAUAAAAAUGAGCUGUACAGAACUAUUUAAAAAAUAAAAACGAAUAAUAUCA